UAAUUACGCGUAGUGACAUAAUCUGCAAGGUGCUUGUUUGUAAAUCAACACGAGUUGUAAAAGUUUUGUGUAUUCGACGAUGGAGUUUAAAAUAUCAUGUUAAAAGUUUGGAAAAGUAUAUUUGCAGUGCUAUUUUUGAAUUUGGAGUAAUGUUCGGAUAUUUAAGUGAAUAUUCCAUAAGGGAUUUAUUAUGAUUUUGGAGUUAUGUUGGUUUUUGCACGGUUUUUGACGGCUGUGUUGAUUGCACAUCAAAUUAUCCUCAUUGAAGCAUUUCCUUCAUGUUAUCCUGAUCCUUGUUUGAAUGGAGCUACUUGUAAAACAGCAAGUAAUGGAGAAAGUUACUGUGUGUGUCCCCAGAGUUAUAUAGGUACCUACUGUGAGUUAGAUAAUCCGUGUGGUCCAAGUCUUGAUCUUUGUAUGAAUGAUGGAACCUGUACUGUAAUACAAGCUGGGGGAAUCAAGGCAAGAUGUGAUUGUAAAUUAGGAUUCAAUGGAACCCUUUGUGAAUUUGUAGUUCCAGGCAGUAUAUGUUACAACAAUCCAUGUCAACAUAAGGGAACAUGUCAAAAUACUCAUUCUUUAGCUCAUUAUAUUUGUACAUGUCCAAGUGGAUAUACAGGAAAAAAUUGUGAAUAUAUUGAUUAUUGUGAAAAGCAGCCAUGUCGAAAUGAUGGAACAUGUGACUCUUUGGAGGAUGGGUACAGGUGCAGCUGUACUCAGGGUUACACGGGACCAACAUGUAUGUCUGAUGUGGAUGAAUGUUCAGAGAAUCCUGGGCUAUGUCAAAAUGGUGGACAAUGUGAUAAUAGAAUUGGUUCUUACAUGUGUCACUGUGAUUUAAAGUAUACUGGACAACAUUGUGAACAGCUAUUUGUACCUUGUUCUCCCAGUCCUUGUCUGAAUGGAGGAACGUGUGUUACAUCAGGGACCACUACAUACCAAUGCUUAUGUAAAACAGGAUUUCGUGGAGUGAAUUGUGAAAUCAACAUUGAUAAUUGUUUAAAUGAUAACAAGUGUGCUAAUGGAUCUACUUGUAUAGAUGGCAAUGAUGCCUACACGUGCGCAUGUCCACCAACUCAUACUGGUUACUACUGCCAAUAUGACGUAGAUGAAUGUGUUACCCAGCCAGGAAUCUGUAAGAAUGGAGCUACCUGUUUAAACAGUCCCCAAGGGAGUUAUACAUGUAUCUGUGUUAAUGGAUGGAUGGGAAAGAAUUGUACGACAAACAUUGAUGACUGUGCUGCAGAUCCUUGUUUUAAUGGAGGUACCUGUCAUGACAAAGUUGGCUACUACCACUGUGAAUGCCCCACUGGUAAAACAGGUCUUCGUUGUCAUUUGGACGAUGCAUGUAUAAGUCAUCCUUGCCAUUCUGGAGCUAAUUGUGAUACGUCCCCCAUUAAUGGUGAUCCUGUAUGUACAUGUCGACAGGGCUGGUCUGGAGCAGAUUGUUCUAUAGAUAUUAACGAAUGUAAUGAAAAUGCCAUAUCCCCAUGUGAACAUGGUGGUACUUGUGUGAACACAGAAGGAAGUUUCAAGUGUGACUGUGCUCCAGGUUAUAACGGUCCUAGGUGUGAACAGAACAUCAACGAAUGUAUCUCUAAUCCUUGUCAGAAUGAAGGAACUUGUCUGGAUGAUGUAGCAACAUGGCGUUGUAUCUGUAUGCCAGGCUAUGAAGGAAAACACUGUGAGAAUGAAAUUGAUGAGUGUAAAAGUAACCCCUGUCAAAAUCUUGGGAUCUGUGAGGACCAAGUCAACAAAUACAAGUGUACUUGCCGACAAGGUUUUACUGGUCCUACAUGUGCCUUGAAUAUAGACGAAUGUGAGAGUUCUCCAUGUGUCAAUGGAGCUACUUGUGAAGAUAAUGUCAAUGCAUAUGUAUGCAGAUGUAGGAAUGGUUUUACUGGUGUAAAUUGUGAGGUGAACAUCAAUGAUUGUCAGAACAUCAAUUGUUACAAUGGAACAUGUGUUGAUGGUCUGGGUACCUAUACAUGUUCUUGUUUACAAGGCUAUACUGGUACCCAUUGUGAAGUACAGAUCAAUGUGUGUGAUUCUCAGCCUUGUCAGUAUGGAGGCAGUUGUUUCAGUUAUACCACCAGUAAUGGACUACGAUACGAGUGUCGAUGUCUGACUGGAACAUCAGGGAAGAAUUGUGAAACGAACGCCAAUGACUGUAUUAACAAUCCCUGUUUGAAUGGAGCGACAUGUGAAGAUGGUAUAAAUAACUACACCUGUAAAUGUAAACCUGGAUAUAUGGGUCGCAAUUGUUCAAUAAACAUAGAUGAAUGUGCGUCAUCACCGUGCCAGAACGGAGGAGUUUGUAUGGACAUGGUGAAUGCUUACAAGUGUGACUGUCCAUCUGGUUAUUAUGAUGCCAACUGUAUCUCCAACAUCAACGAUUGUAUUAGUAAUCCAUGUUUGAAUGGCGGUUCUUGUCGUGAUGGUGUAAACAGGUUUGAUUGUGAUUGUACAGUUGGAUAUACAGGCAGUCGUUGUGAGAUGUUAGCUGACGAAUGUCAAUCUAAUCCUUGUCAACAUGGUAGCACCUGUAGAAACCUUGUAGGAAGAUAUGAAUGUAGCUGUUUACCUGGAUUUACAGGUACUCAGUGUGAGAUCAACACUGAUGAAUGUGCCAGCAACCCCUGUAAACAUGGUGGUAGCUGUGUAGACAUGCCGAAUGGAUACACUUGUCACUGUGAGGUCCAAUGGAGUGGUUCUAAUUGUGACAUUGAAAUGAACCCUUGUUCUCCCAAUCCUUGUAGGAACAGUGCUAACUGUGAUGUGUCUGAUAAUUACCAGGAUUAUUACUGCCACUGUCAGAUAGGAUUUACAGGAAGACAUUGUGAUAUUGAUUAUAAUGAGUGUUCUCAGCCAAAGAUUUGCCACAAUGGUGGAAGCUGUCAUAACACCUAUGGUUCCUUCAACUGUUCCUGUCUUCCUGGCUACGAAGGAAAAUACUGUGAAGUCAAUCAUAAUGACUGUGAUCCUAACCCUUGUCAAAAUGGAGGCACUUGUUUUGACGACAUCAACGAUUACACAUGUGUUUGUGUUGGAGGGUUUGGUGGUAAACAUUGUCAGAACGACAUCAAUGAGUGUGCAUCCAACCCAUGUAGGAACGGAGCUGUGUGUACUGACUAUGUCAAUUCCUAUACCUGUACCUGUCGUCCUGGUUACAGCGGGAAGGAUUGUCAGAAUGAUGAUAAUGAUUGUACACUUUCAUCCUGUUUAAAUGGAGGUACAUGUAUAGACAAAGAGAACUACUAUAAGUGUGUCUGUCCAAAUGGUUACACAGGCGCAAACUGUCAGACGAAGAUACAUCCAUGUGAUAGUAAUCCUUGUAUGAAUGGAGCCACUUGUUCUAACAAACAGUCUUCAUGGGAAUGUGUUUGUCCUUAUGGAUUCACUGGACCUCGCUGUGAGGAAUUUUUCGACUGGUGUGAGACUAAUCCAUGUAAGAAUCGGGGUACUUGUAUGCAGAAUGCUAAUGUUUUCGAGUGUACUUGUGCCCUUGGUUAUACUGGUAAAGCCUGUGACAUCAGUAGAAUGACAUGUGAAGCUGCAGCACAAAAUAGGGGUCUUCAAGUCAGUCAGUUAUGUCAAAAUAGUGGAACAUGUCGUAACACAGCUGAUCAUCAUGUUUGUGAUUGUAAAGCAGGAUAUGAAGGCAGUUACUGUGAUAUUGUUAUCAAUGAGUGUGCCUCAGCACCUUGCCAGAAUGAGGCCACUUGUCAUGAUUUCGAUGGAUAUUACCAGUGUACUUGUAAGUUAGGAUUUCAAGGAACAAACUGUGAUAUCAAUGUGGACGAUUGUCAGAACCAGUCGUGUAACAAUGGCGGAACAUGCAUUGACUUGGUUAAUAAAUUUGCAUGCUUAUGUCCACCUGGAACCAAUGGAUAUUUCUGUGAAGUGAACCAACAAGAUUGUUACAGUGGAGCAUGUCACCAUGGAGGUACUUGUAUUGACAAAGUUGGAGGGUUUGAAUGUCAGUGUAAGCCUGGAUUUGUUGGAGAUCAGUGUGAGGGAGACAUAAACGAAUGUGUCAUCUACAAACCCUGUAAUCCAGGAGGUACAAGAGCAUGUGUUCAGCUGGACAAUACAUAUAAAUGUGAAUGUAACCCAGGAUGGAUUGGAGAGAACUGUAGUACUGCUGUCAAUUAUUGUCAAACCAAUCCAUGUUUGAAUGGAGGAUCCUGUUCUAAUGGGAAAUCAUCUCAUGUGUGUACGUGUAGGUCAGGUUUUAGUGGACCAAACUGUGGAAUUAUCUCAGAUUUCUGUACACCAAACAGUUGUUACAACAAUGCUAGAUGUGAGAAUUAUGGCUCUGGUUUUAAUUGUAUAUGUUUGCCUGGUACAGAAGGUGAAUUCUGUCAGUACGAUGUUGUGAAAGAGUGCGAGUCCAAUCCUUGUAGAUAUGGAGGAUCCUGUAUCGAUAAACCAGGGUCUUAUGAAUGUUGGUGUCCAAGAUAUUCAACUGGUGUCAAUUGUGAAGUAUUUGACCUGAAUGCUAACCCUGGAUUAGGAAAAGCCACUGCCAGUCCACCUGUGACAGAUCCCAAACAAGUUUACUGUAAUGAUGGAGGCUGCUCCUCUGUUGCAGGCGAUGGCAAAUGUGAUUCUAAUUGUAACUACAUGGCUUGUCAGUAUGAUGGAGGAGACUGUUCCCUUGGUGUUAAAGAUCUCUGGAAGGACUGUCUGGCCCCAAUAAAUGGUGUCUACUGCUCUGAAGUGUUCCAGGAUGGUAAAUGUGACGAGGCCUGUAACUCUGAGGACUGUUUAUUUGAUGGCAAUGAUUGUAUGGGUAGUCCCACAUGUAACCCCAACUUUAAGUCCUACUGCGAGGAGAACUAUGGCAAUGGUCACUGUGAUCAGGGAUGUAAUAAUGCUCCGUGUAACUGGGACGGCAACGAUUGUAAUAAUCCCACUCCUAUGAACAACUUAAAAGGCACGAUGGUGAUAUUCAUGAUGUCUACAAAAGAUAAUUUCCUGAUAAAUUCCAAUGAAUUCCUACGUAACAUGGGCCUCUUGUUGAAUGUUGUGAUCAAGAUAAAGAAGGAUGCUAAUGGAAAUUUUAUUAUAAAACCUUGGUCUUCAAAUGGGCUCCAUAGAGAGAAGAGGUCUGUUAUCAACAGGAUCAAAAGAGAGAUAGUUCAGACUGAAGGAAUUGAAGUACAUCUUGAAUUGGACAGUAGCCAGUGUAGAACCAAUCCUUCCAUGAAGUGCUUAACUAAAAUCGAUUCAGCAGUACAGAUUAUAGCAGCUCAAAAGAACCAAUCAUGGUCACAUGGUGGUCCAACCAUCAGUAGAGUUUCAAGUGAAGAUGUAGAUGGUCCUGGUACAACAGAAUCUUCAUCAUACCAAACAAUGUACAUUGUUGUUGCAUGUGGUGGUAUUCUGGUCUUAGCCAUCCUUGUAAUUGUUGUUUUGUCCAGAAAGAAGGUGGCACGAGGCAUUACCUGGUUCCCUGAAGGAUUUUUCUCCAACAAUAAUAGUUCUAAGGCUCCUGGACCAAGGGCAUCAAAGAGACGAGUUCCAGAUGGUGAAGAAAAGAAAGGUAAUAUGCCACAAUUUGAUGGUUUGACUGGUGCAACAACUCCACCAUGGAAUGAUGAAGAAGAUGAAUCAAAGGCAAAACGUAUCAAGAUGGAGCAAGAUUGUGAAGUUUUAGAACAGAAUUUAGAUGGGGAUAAAGACCAGAGACAAUGGACACAGCAGCAUCUAACAGCAGCUAACAUUCCAAAUGAUUCAAUGCUUGCUUUGACUCCUCCUGACGACUGUGAUCACACUAGAGUUAGGGAUAUAGAUGUACGAGGACCUGACGGCUUUACCCCUCUAAUGUUGGCAGCUUUCCGUGGAGGAGGAUAUGAUGUUGGAGAUAAUGAAUCCAGUGGAUCUGGUGGAUCAGGUUCUUCUGACAGUAGGGAUUCAGAAAACUGUGCGGAUUACAUACAGGCAUUGUUAACACAAGGUGCUUCAGUGGACCUUGCUACAGAUAGGACUGGAGAAACAGCGUUACAUUUGGCAUCUAGAUAUGCCAGGUCUGAUGCUGCUAAGAUACUGUUAGAUGCUGGAGCUGACCCUAACCAGCCAGAUAUUCAAGGACGAACACCUCUACAUUCUGCAGUGGCUGCUGAUGCACAAGGGGUUUUCCAGAUUUUAUUAAGAAACAGAAGUACUAAUUUGAAUGCAAGAAUGGAGGAUGGUGCCACACCUCUUAUAAUGGCAGCUCGUUUAGCUGUAGAAGGAAUGGUGGAAGAUUUAAUAGGAGCUGAUGCUGAUAUAAAUUCUGCAGAUGAAUACGGGAAAACCGGUUUACAUUGGGCUUCAGCUGUCAACAACUUCACUGCAGCACAGGUAUUGUUACAGCAUGGAGCUAACAGGGAUGCACAAGACCUUAAGGAUGAGACACCUUUAUUUUUAGCUGCACGUGAAGGAGCCUUCGAAUCUGCUAAAAUACUACUUGAACAUUAUGCCAAUCGUGAUAUAACUGACCACAUGGAUAGGUUGCCACGUGAUAUAGCAAGUGAAAGAAUGCAUGGGGAUAUCUUACAAUUAUUGGACGAGUACUGCAUCAGUAGUCCCAUGUCUUUACCUACAUCACCAAAUGGCUUGCACUUUAUGCAGCAAAAACCUUCAAAAAUGAAGCAAAAGAAAUCUAAGCACAAUAAUGGACUUGGAACUCCACUUACACAUAAUGGAGCAUUAAUGAAUGGUGUUCACCAAAAAAGAACUAAAUCCAAGAAGAAAUCUUCUAAAGGAAAUGCACAUUCUCAAAUCAGUGAGGGAUCUAUUGGAUCUACUGUCUCACCAGGAAAUUCAAUUCCGUCUCCUUUGGAUUAUGAGCGUACUCCUCCACCAUACGACAGUAUGUAUGGUAAUGGACAAAACUUCUUACAGCAACAGACAUUACAGCAGUCUAUUGAAGAACUGCAGAAAAACUGUGCAAUGAAUCAAGUGCUAGACAUUCAGAAUCAUAAUGAUAAUAAUUAUCAUCGGAAUUGUUAUGAUAAAACUAUUAUGGAUCAAGAGUAUGCUCUGUGGCAUCAAGGACAUCAAAAUUCACAAAUGAAUCCACAACAUUCUCAGCCAUCAAAUAUUCCAACACCACCACAAAACAUCCCAUCUAAUCCUAGUCCCCUUGGCAAAAUAUCACCAUCAAAACCACCUAAAAACUUGCCAACGUCACCUACUCAUAUUCAGGCAAUGCAGCAACGAGCGCAACAACAACGUGCAAAUGGAAGUCCACCUAAUAAACAGACUGAUUUAACGUGUUCAUUUCAGAAUAAAAAUCAUAGUGAACCCAUGCCAUUCACAACAUUUGGCAGAGGGAUGCAAAAACAUUCAACCCCUCAACAGCCAAUGUACUUAGAACAAUUCCCUACUCCUCCAUCAACACACAGUAUGGGAUCACCGCCACAGAUGAUUCAUCAACCAGUGCUACCAGAUCAUUAUCUCACACCAUCACCAGAUUCACCUGGACAGUGGUCAAGUUCAUCGCCUCAUUCAGCGCAUAGUGAUUGGUCGGAGGGUAUCUCCAGUCCAGACCAAAAUGUACGGACGACACUUACACAACCACCUGUAUUUUUAUAACAUUAUCAGUCAUUUUAUUGUUUUUAUUUUUCUCUGUCUCUCUUUCUCUGUUGUGAGAGAGAGUAUUUAUAUAUGCAUUUAUUUUGUAUUUCAUUAUGAUAUAAGUAUUGUCUGGUAAUGAUAACGUAUAUAUGUUUAAGUUGACCAUGACACUCAUCAUAUUUUUUCUUUUGAAAAAACUAACUCUCCUUUAUGAUAGUUAAGUAACAUAUAGAACAAGAGACUUGAAACAUAGGACUUUGAAUUUUGUGCAUCUUUCUAUGAACUUUGAACAAAUUUGCAUUAAAGAAGACUUUUGUAUUACACAUUUUGUUAAAAUUUUUACUUUUUGUUAAGGUAUAUAUUUUUUUUAUUGUUAACUGCCAUUUUUCAUCUUCAUGUGUACAAACUAUCAUUUCAUCUAUAAGCACAGGAAAGUGCCAUCAAAGUGUUAUAUUGAACAAUUUGUAUAUAAAUUCAUCUUUUUAUUGAAAAUAUUGAAGCUUGUCUCUAAUUUUGUCAUAUGAUACCUGGAAUUUUUGCACUAUUUUUAUAAACAAAAAAGUAAAUAUAUUUACUUGGAUUUUUUUCUGAAGUAAAUGAUAUAGUUAAAUAAUCAGGACGAUAUUAAACAAAGUUCCAAUAAUUUUUAUAUACUCAGUCCAGGCAACCGUCAAAUUUAAAGGUAUUAUUUACUGCUCACUUAAAUUUAGGCCAGUAUGUAUUUUCAAAUAAAUCUGUAUACAUGUUUUUCAUGACAGUUUCAUUUUACUUGAAAAAGAGUUCACUAGAUUUUCAUGUAAGGGGAGGCAACUUUUGACCCAAAAAAAUAUAUUUUUCUAAAUAAUGCCCCCUUGUCUGGCUUGAAAUAACUCAGAAAGAUUCUUUUGCAACAAGAUAUUCAGCAUUUAUUUGGAAAUAGAUGCAUUCAGGUGUUUUCAUUGGAGAUGUGAGAUUUGAAAUAAAUGACACAAAUUAAAGCGAAUAUAUGUAAACAAAUUGGUGCAUUUAAAAUUGUAAUAUGUAUAUAGAAGAUGUUUUUGUUGUUAUUUUACAGAAUUUUAUUGUGAGAUUUUUAUCAGCUUUGCAAUUUAUGUAUGUAUUGAAAAUGAACAAUUUGAUUUUUAUGGACAAUUUUAUUUGUACCCACCUUAGAUUUUUAUAUAUAAUAUUUUGAUUUUAAAACUCCCACCUUUUAAACUUCGUUUUAAAACAUAAUAAUAUACUUAAAACUUUAACCCACUGUUUCAUUUGAUUUGAGAACUUUUAAAAAGUAUAUGUCAGAUCAUGUUAAAUCAUGCUCCGUUUGAUCUCAGAAAAUGUGGACCAAAAAUACUUAUAUGUGUUAGACAAAGCAGAAACGCUGCAAAAAGUUCAUUGACUGUUUUUUUGUUUUCGUCGUUUUUUAAUUUAGAUGUUUAUAGUUCAACUUUCAUGAUAAGGUGAACAGCAGAGUAAAUUAGUAGGUCAUGGUAAUGUGAACAGCAGAGUAAAUUAGUAGGUGAUGAUAAGGUGAACAGCAGAAUAAAUUAGUAGGUAUUGAAAUGUCAUUGCUCAGUAAAAUUAUUAAGAAAAGAAAAGGAAACAAAUACAAAAGUUUGGGUUUUUUUAAUUAUAAGUAGGGUAUUCUGUUUAUUUCCUACUUUAUUUGAAACAAUGUUUUCUUUUACAAUUAGGAAUGAUUUGAUCAGUUUUCAGAAUUGAUGAUAUUAAAGUAAAUGAGAAAACAAUCAAACAACUUCGACAUGAGGUUAAAUAUGCAAAAUAGUAGUUUUGUAUGAAGUGAUUUAUAUAUUCAGUGAGAAGUUGCAUGAUAUUUAACAUUUAAAAAGCAUUCAAAGCCAUAUUUGCUGUUUAAAAUCUUAUAGAUGUUUUCAAUUUAAUAGAUAGAGGCUUACUUUCUGCGGAAGACCCUCAUGUGAAGUCAAGAUUAUUUUUUUUUAAACUUGCUGUCGUAGGUGAACAAUUCAGUUUCUUACAGACUUUAAUAUUUUUUUUCUGAUGAAGCAAUUUAUAUUUUUAAUUUUGUUUUUGUUUUUUUCUAUUUUGGCAACUACUGAUAUUUUUCAUUUCCCCCUUGUACCACAUGAUCUCUUGAACAAUACGCAUUUAACAAAUCAUUCCAUUGUGCACAACAUCAUGGCUAUUGGUAGCUUGUCCAUUUUGUUUACUUUGUUUAUUUUGAUAUUUUUGUAAAGAUAUUUGUUUAAAAAAAUUGUUUUAAAAACAUAAGCUGAUGGAGAAUUCUUUUGAGUGAGAAAUUUGUAUAUUUUCUGUUAAUAGUUACUAAUUAUAGAGUGCUAAAUUUUACACUGAUUUUUCAGUCAAAUUUCUUCAUGAACAAAAAUAGAUUUAAUUUAUAGAAACAAAAAGAAGCUGUGUAAUGGAACUUUUAAUUCCAGUUACUCUAUAAGCCAUACAGAUCAAAUUUGCAGUAAAACUUGUAUUUUUCAUAAAGGAAUAUACCAUACUGUUUUUAUUUUAAAAUUACUUUAGCAGGUGCUAUUUAGAUUAAGGGAGUUAUGACAGAAUUCUUUCAAAUUUUUGUAUUUGGUAUUAUCAAAACAUUUUCAAUUUGUAAAUACAUUUUUUGCUUUAUUUUUAGGGCAUAUAAUUUUAUGUUCUGUAAAUUAAGUUAUUGUUUGUAGCCGAAACACAAAACAUCUGUUUAUUAUGUAGAAACAAGGUCACAUGAAACCUUUAAAAAAUUCAAAAUAAAAAAGAUAUAUUUAGAA